AUCCUUAUAUACAAGUUGUGUUAUUUCAAAAGUGUGGGAGAAUAAAGUACGAACGUUUCAUCCAAUUUAUAAAAGCAAACAUUAUUGAUACCAAUAAUUUGCCCACAACAAAGCAAGCUAAAUGAUUUUGCUCGGUUUUCAUACUUCUAAAAAAAGCUUCAAUUAUGAAUGCAUCCGCAAAAAAUGAGGCAGCAUCAUCAAAAAAAAUCCAAGUUUGCUCAGUUUUUAAACAUCCGUGUAAAGCUCACCUUCUGUCAGCGCAGCAUCUUGGCAGAUUCAGGGGCAUGAGAUGGGCAAAAGUAAGCAAGUAGGUGGGUGGGAGGGUUUGGGGGGGUUGGAGAGGGGUGAGUAAGAGAUGACUCAACAGCCCUCUACUAUAAGAUAUCCUGAUGGAGCCUAACAGUGUCAUACACUCAGACGCCAACUAAGGUAAGGUCAACUUUUCACUCCAUCUCCUCCUCUUGUAGCUUCUAAACUCUGAUUUUAUUGCAAUAUCUUUAUUUUCACAUUUAAUCUUUGUCUUAAUAAAUAAUACAAAUUUUAUUAGUAUGUUGAUAACCUUAGCAGAUAUUAAAAAGUAUUUAAUAGGUAAGAUAUGUGAAGAAUGUUGCUGCAGUCCUGGCUGUUUGAUAGAUUAUCUGGCUUGUAUGCACUUUCAUUUUUAUUUUACUGAAGGACUAAAAAGGAGUACUGGAAAGACUAAUAUUGUGUAACCAGUUUUAUGAUCUUUGUACUUUUACACGGAACAGAAACUCACAAGUUUUAAUCAUUUGCUUGAAAAAACGUAUUACAGAGAUAUGAACUCAUGUCUAUAUGUUUUGUUGCAUAACAAAUAAAAACACAAUUAUUUAAAGAAUUUGGAUCAUUAAAUAUUGUGAUUUUCCCUUUUUUCUGUAAUUUUCUCCUACAGAAAGUCUUGUUCUUCUGCGUUCUGCACAUCCAGGGAAAUCUUAUGAUUAUGGACUACACUCUGGUGCUUCUGAUCUCCGUCUUUCAUGUUCUGAGUGUGGGAACAGGAGCUCCUCUGGAAGGAGCGCCUCUGGAAGAGGAGCAGAUUAAACAGAAAGUGGAGGAAUACGCAAAUUUGCUGAUAGUUCGGCUGAGCCACAACUUCCAGGUAUUAUUUGGAGCUCUGUUUAUGCAAAUACAGUGCAUUAUGAACAAGCAAACAUAUAAACGGAUUUUUUUUGACUAUCAUUUUGUUGUUGAUGUUUUCCAGACUCCCCCCAUUCAAACACUGAGGCCAUCCAUUACAGAACUGGGAGGACUUUUUUCGAUAGUGGCGGUCUUAGAGGGCUACAACAACCUGAUCUCUGACUCUUUAGAAAACGUCACUCAGAUCAAAACGGAGAUCUCUAUUCUGACAGAAUACAUCCACCAGUGGAGCCUGGAGCACUGCAAAGAGCUGCAAACAAAGUCUCCAGAACCUGAAGCGCUAAAAAGCCUGCAGAAACUGAAAAGAUUUAUUCAUACAGUGGGCAUCGAGGCUCUCAUGAGAGUCAAGGAGUACCUCGAACUGCUGCGGAACAACCUUGAUCAUCUUGAAAUUUGCUAAAAGAUGGACACUAUAAAACCUCUGGCCUGAUUUUUGGGCGAAACUUGAAAAGUCUGCACCGAUGGGUGUGCUAUUUUACUGAACAAUCCUGUGGAAAAUCCUAAAAUAUGCACUUGCUUUUUAUACAAAUACUAUUUAUUCACAGCAUUUUAAAAGUAUUUUAAUUGUGUAAAACAUAAAUGUAUUUUUCAUAUUUAAAUAUCCUUGCACUCAGAGUUAUCAUGCUGUUAAAAUAUUUGUAUUACGUCACCUCUGUCGUCAACAAAGAGCUCUCGGUGAGAGAGGUUUGUUACACCGCCGUAAAUGAUGAAUCAGCAAAAUAACACUGACUGGGAUCGGAGGAAAAUGUUGUGAGCAGGACCGUCAUCCCUGGAAAUUCCAGUGACCCAGGUUGGUAAAUUAACAGCAUGUGUGUUUGUACUAAGAGGAAGGAUAAAGGUCAACUUUUCUUAUUGUGCAAUAUCAACGUUUCAAAAUUGUUAAGUCACAGAAAAUGUGUUGAAUAUAUUUCUAAUUUUGGUACUGUUUUAUAAUAAUAAUAAUAAUAAUAAUAAUAAUAAUAAACUUUUUUUACUACUUGGCAGUGUUGUGUAAUGUCUAAGGAUAAGCAGAGAAAAGUCUAAAUAAAAGCAUGUUAUUCAACAUGAAAACACAAGUCUGAAAAGGUAUAUUUUAAGAGCCACAUACAAACAAUCUCAUUUCCUUACAGACUUGAUUUUCAAAACCAAUGUAACGCAGAUACAAAAAUCACAAAAAAUAAAAA